GCCUCUUCGAACACAACCUGGUUACUUCAUAACAGAGACAGUCAUGGAGCCCGUUGGCACGCUGAUUCUGGCCGCGAUCGUCGCGGGUCUGCUAUUCUUGUUGUUUCGAAGAGACACGGCUCGUUACGCCAACAUGCCUCCAGGUCCUACCCCGUUGCCUGUGAUCGGUAACCUGCUGCAGGUGGACGGCAAAGCUCCCCAUCUGAGUUUUGAGAAGUUGAGUGAUAAGUAUGGACCCGUGAUGACGGUGCACAUGGGUCCCCAGCGUGCGGUGGUUCUGGUCGGCUAUGACGCGGUGCAGGAGGCGCUGGUGCAGCAGGCUGACGCGUUUGCCGGGAGGGCUACACUGCCGCUGUUUAUGAGGAUCAACAGGGGGUUUGGUUUGAUCCUAAGCAAUGGAGAACGCUGGAAACAGCUCAGACGCUUCUCACUUUCCACACUUCGAGAUUUUGGAAUGGGAAAACGCAGCAUUGAGGGGUGGAUCCAAGAGGAAGCUAAGCACCUUAUUGAGGAAUUUAGAAAAACCAAAGGUUCUCUGUGUGAUCCCACAAUAAUUUUGGGCCGUUCUGUUUCCAAUGUCAUUUGCUCCAUUGUUUUUGGUCAACGAUUUGAGUAUGAAGAUAAACUGUUUGCCCAUCUGAUAUCACUCCUUAACAGCAAUGUGCGUUUGGCCGGCAGCAUUGUUGCCCAGCUGUAUACCAUGUUUCCAAUACUUAUUGAUUUAAUGCCUGGACUUUAUAAGAAGAUCGUAAAAAAUGUGAAUGAACUCAAUGAAUUUACUUCAGAAAUGAUUGAGAAACACAAAGAGACACUGAUUAUCAGCAGUCCACGGGAUUUCAUUGACAGCUUUCUCAUCAAAAUGAAGCAGGAAAGUGACAACUCUGUCACAGAAUUCCACAUCAACAACAUGAUCACUACAGUUAUAAAUCUGUUUACGGCAGGAACAGAGACCACCAGUACCACACUACGAUAUGGACUGCUGAUACUCAUGAAAUACCCUCACAUCCAGGAGAAAAUCCAGAUGGAGAUUGAGGCUGUGAUUGGACGGGAUCGUGCUCCUGCUAUGGUGGAUCGGAGGAAGAUGCCAUACACUGAUGCUGUUCUCCAUGAAAUUCAAAGAUUCAUUGACCUUGUCCCUUUAAGUAUUUUACAUGAGACAACAAAGGACACCGUCUUCAGGGGUUAUUCCAUCCCAGCGGGUACAAUUGUGAUCCCUGUCCUUCAUUCAGUACUGUUUGACAAGACAAAAUGGGAAACUCCUGAUUCAUUCAACCCUGGUCAUUUUCUGGAUGAAAACGGAUGUUUCAAAAUGAAUCCUGCCUUCAUGCCCUUUUCUGCAGGAAAACGCAUCUGUGCAGGAGAAGGUCUGGCCAAGAUGGAGCUCUUCUUGUUCCUUUGCUCACUCCUGCAGAAUUUCUCUUUUCGUUCCAAAGAAGAUCCAGAAAAUGUUAGCUUGUUGUCAACCUCCACCAGUUUUGUUAAAAGUCCUCAGGUUUACGAGCUCAUGGCCAUACCAAGAUAGAAGAGGAGUGCUGUCAUCAGAUGUGGUUAAACAAACUACACAUCCAGUGUGUGCUGAUUUUAUAGUACUGGCUGGUUAAAUAAGGUUAACAUUUUAACUAUGUUAUGAAUCCAAUCCAACUUUGGGUAGCCUUUAAUUAAAAAAAAAAUUGUUCCAAAAGUGAUUACUGCGGUUUAAAUGCACUUUGUUAUUCUCCAUUAAAAAUUUUACAGUAACUUUUGGGAGCCUUUCUAUAGUGCUGUAUUAGACACUUAUUGUUGUGUAACACAAGCAAAGCCUUUAUUAAAGUCUUGAUAAAAAGCAGCAAAUGAUGAAUGGAUGCAUUAUAGGUAGACUUGUUUAAGUUCCAUUAUUGCUUUCUAAGUGAGACAAAGCGUUAUUUAAAGUUUUGUUACAAAUCAGUAACUCACUAAAAGAUGCACCUAGGUAGCCCCUCAAAUGUUACCAAUUUUAUUGAUUCGAAAAUGAAAUCUGUUGUAGGGGUGUCAACUAAUUCCAAAGAACUACAUAGGGAAGGGAAUGUGGGCACAAAGUAUAGGAGGUGUUACUUUUUAAAAAGUAUCGCUUCUUCAAGAAUUCCUUGUUUAAGUGUGAAUACUACUGGUACCAGCCAAGAAGAUUUAAUGCAAAUGGAUUUUUUCACAUUGAAGUUCACUUUAGUGUAUGUUUAUGUGUAAUGCAUUUGCUAGUAUGCAGGUUGCUUUACAUCAGUGUUUCCCAACCUCGGUCCUGGGGACCCCCUGUGACUGCAGGUUUUUGUUCCAACUAGAUUCCUAGCACUGAUCUCAUUUAAUUUGCUGGUGCUACAUGAAUACUUUUUUGAGGCAUGAUGCUAGAUGCAAUGGGAAUGAUACACACCAACCAGUAGUAUUCUACCACAAACAUUGUAUGUGUCAUCUGAUUAAUAUGGAGGUAGCAGACAUACUUACUUACCGACUUAGUAACACACUCUUGUAAAAGAAAACUUUUUUUUUUUUACUUCUUUUUUGCCUCUCAGGUCACAUUUGAUUUUGGCUUAAUAGAGUCUCCAGAGAGAACCAAUGGCAUAUGAUGUAUCUGGCUGAUACGGAGGUACCAGACAUGCUUACUUACCUAUCUAGUAAAACUUCAUGAUGCUGGGACAAAGCCCUGUGAAUCUUUUAAGGCUUCUUCCUGAUUGUACCUGUAAAAGAUCCAAAGUUUUGCCACUUUGAAAAUAGUGACACCUGGGGCCUCAUGCAUAACGCUGUGCAAAGAAUUCACACUGUAACAUGGCGUACGGACAAAAGUGGAA